UUUAUAUUUAGAGAAUUUGAGCUUCACUUGUCGUUUUUAUAAUAAUUUGCACGAGUGUCCUUUUUAUAAUUAAGAAGAUGACAUAUUGGCAUUAAAAAGACAAAAUAAGCGAGGGUCUCGUUAUCUCCUCUAGUCCUCUCUUACUAGCGCCGGAAGCAAAAAGCGAGAUUUCACUCAGUGGUCUCGACACGUGUCAUCAAUGCAGAAUAGUCUUCUGAUUCUUCUAGCGACACUGUUUUUCUUGCGCCAGAUAUAUCUCAAAUUUCUGCUGUAAUAAUAAUUAUUGAUUUUGGGGUAAAAAUCACCGAAUGGGCAGCAGGCAUCUAGUGUUGUAAGGUGCAGAUAAGGUGCAGAAUACCAUGUCGCAGUGCUUAGAAGGGAUCAAGCAUUUAUGUUCCUGCCUGCUGCAGUGCUGUGAUCUCGACUUGCAGAAACAAUCACGGGGCCUUGAAGAUCCUGAAAUCCUUGCUAGGGAGACAGUUUUUAGUGUCAGUGAAAUAGAAGCACUUUAUGAGCUAUUUAAGAAGAUCAGCAGCGCCGUGAUUGAUGAUGGAUUAAUCAAUAAGGAAGAGUUUCAGUUGGCAUUGUUCAAGACAAAUAAAAAAGAGAGUUUGUUUGCUGAUCGGGUUUUUGACUUGUUUGACACAAAACACAAUGGUAUCCUGGGAUUUGAAGAGUUUGCUCGUGCACUCUCCGUAUUUCAUCCUAAUGCUCCUAUUGACGAUAAAAUUGAGUUUUCUUUUCAACUAUAUGAUCUCAAGCAGCAAGGUUUCAUUGAGAGGCAAGAGGUAAAGCAAAUGGUAGUGGCUACACUUGCUGAAUCUGGUAUGAAUCUAUCAGAUGAUGUUAUAGAGAGUAUCAUUGACAAGACUUUCGAAGAAGCUGAUACAAAACAUGAUGGCAAGAUCGACAAGGAAGAAUGGAGAAAUCUAGUGUUGCGACAUCCAUCCCUUCUGAAAAAUAUGACCCUGCAAUACCUCAAGGACAUCACAACUACAUUCCCAAGCUUUGUAUUUCACUCGAGAGUUGAGGAUACCUAACGCUGAACGUGUGGUGAAGUUUCAAGUCUUGUAGUUAUGUUUGGCUUUUAUUUCAACUUUGACCAUUGAAAAAUAUUAAAUUAAGUUUCCUUUUGUGAAAAUAGUAUAUUGUGGUUUCAGUUUUGAAAAUUUUAGAUUUUACUCUUUUGCUUGGCAUAGAAAUUUCAGUGGUUUAUGUCAUUUAUAGAAAUUAUUUGUUAUUCUUUGAUGCACUUGUCAUGUUGAACAACUGAAGAUUGUAAUAUUCUGAGAAAUCAAAUCAUUUAGUGUAUAUAUAUAUUCCUCUCUUUCAGCUCA